CCCCGGAAGCAUAAACCUCAGCUGACUGAGUGGCGUUAGCCUGGCUGGCUAACAGGAGAAGUGCCUGACUGUGUUUAUUUAUGGAGGACGGCCGUCAUGACAGUGUCGGGGUGUAAACUGUGACAAAUUAAUCCAAGAUGAUGAACGACAUAAUGGAGGAGCCUGAAAGAGACGCCGUGCUGGAUUCGCCGCAGGAACAACAGGUUUUGUCGGGACCAGCCAGCAGCACAAGACCCAAAACCACAGAUGGAGGCGUCAGGCCGGUGGAGAAAAGAGGACCUUACAUCAUGUCCAGAGCUCCGGCCAUUCACCUCAAACUACAAAAACACAGAGAGAUGGCGAGGAAGGCCCUGAAGAAGAAGGCGCUUUCAUCKGGGCCCCUGGUGGCUCAUCAGCCCAGACAAGGGGUUAAAAGAACAGUGAAAUACAACAAGGGCUACGCUGCUUUGAGUCAGCAGGCUGAUGAAACCCUAGUCGCUCUGGACUCUGACAGCGAUGAAGAGAUUGAUUUUGAGCAGUACUCUUCAGGAUACUCUUCAGCAGAGAUCCACCCUGACCUGAGCAGGCAGCUGCUUCAGGACGGUUACCGCCUGGAUGAGAUCCCCGAUGAUGAAGACCUGGACUUGAUUCCACCCAAAGCCAUGGGCUCCUCUGUGUGCUGCUGCUGCGAGCCCCCGUCCUGCUGCGUGCAGUGACGUCAGCGCCGACGGGGGUCUCGGACCUAAAUAAAAAAACGAGGACUCGGCUCUAAUGUCAGCUGGCUGUCGUCGUUGGAGCCAGACGACCUCCUUUCUCCCGCCUGCUCGGCUGCUGCGUGCCGCUCAGAGGACGUGCGGCUCUUGACGCCUGACGCAGGAGCUCUGAGAUCGCUCAGCCCCACAAAGAAGACGCAGGUGGACACGAGAGCAAAGCCUUAUCCCACUGUGACUCCAAAGCCUGACCAAGUUUUAUUUAACCGUUUGUUUUUUUUUGCAUCUUUAGACUGAACAGAAUACAAGUCGCUCAGCAUGUGUUGUAUGACCAUGUUGACUCAAGGAGGAGCUGGUUAAUGUAUUUUUUUUCUUUCUCAAACAGGUCUGCAACUUUAUAAGCACAACACGCUUAUAAAGCUCUCUGAACUGAUGUUAGCCCUCUGAACUUAUCUGCAUUCAUUAACUCUUUAACAUUAACUUAAUCAAAGCAAUGGCACUCGAUUACAAAGUAUUUAAUUCUUUUAUAUUUGCUUUUUUUUAUUACAUCUAGCAUCAAAACCUACAUAUGACUUUAACUCCAAAUGAUAUUAGCGCUAAAUAAAAUGGCUCCUAAAGCAGCUUAGAAGCUGAACACUAAACUGGACAAAUGUGUGGUUUUAUUGUAAAACUACUUAAUUUCCUCUUCCUGGUUAAGGAGUAAAUGCUCCUUUUUAUUACUAUCAAGUAAAUCGAUAUUUAUAAGCUGUCACUGAGCAAAUUGUAACUUACAAAAAACAUAGUUUGAGUUGGAGAAGUUCUUUGACAUGGUUAAAUAGYUGAGAUUUUUGUUUUCACUUGACUUUUAUAGCACUUUGAGGUUUUUGUUAAUGAAAAGUGCAUUGCAAAUUAAAUUUAUUAUUAUUAUUAUUAUUGUUAUUAUUAAAUAUCUAGGUAUAUUCAAACUAAAUCUACAUACACUUGGCACUAUCACACUGCUGGUUGUGGCUUAAAAAGCAAGUACAAGACAUUUUACUACAGUUGGUUUUCAUAAUCUUUGCAUUGUAUGUUUAUUUCCAAAAAAAAAAAAAACCCCAACAAUAUUCAACAGUAUUUUUAAAGUUCAGAAUUGUAGGCAAAAACUACUUGAGUAAGUUUGUCAUUGACUUUUACACUUGGCAAAAAUCUGUAAAUUCAAAGUUUUUAUCUAAAAGUUGCUUUAGUUUAAAAAUGUUUUGUCAGAUGGGGGAAAGAGUCUCCAGGUUUUGAAUAUUUAUUGUGGCCAGGAUUAACGUGUCGUACCUGAUGAUAACUCCAAAGAAAAGUCAGUUUCCGUGUCACAUUUGUCACGUUUUUGUACUAAUUAUUAUAUUUCGUCUACAUGAAAACAGUUGUUACAAGUUUGUUACAGCUCAUGUAUAAGUUCAGAUUUGAUGGUUUGUAUUCAUGCGUAACUAAAAAAAAAAACUAAAUGACUGAUAUUUUCUGUGCACUGAAAUUCUGGAUCAUGUUUGCUUUGAUUUAUUUUAAACCGUAACACAAACCGUAAGAUGAGUGUUUACCUUCUCAGGAGAUUUGUGUUUAUGCAUAAAUAGAGAUGUUUGCCUUUUACGUACAUUUGUUAAGUAAAAGUUUGAGAACUCCACAGCUGGUCCCGUGCGUAACCGUUUUGAGGUAAAUGUAAAAGCAACUUUUAUUUCUCACGCCAGGAUAUUAUUGUCACUCAAAGCUACAAAGAGAAAUGCUAGAACACACUGAUUCACUGUAAUGUAGGAAGCUUUGGAAAAUGAACUUUCAGUUUUUAUGGAGGUGACUGAAUUCAUCCGAACAGAGUUGCGUCAUACAUGYGGAGCAAAAUCCUUCAACUGGACCAGAAGAGUUUUCUGUGCAAUAUAUGGAGCCCGGUUCUGGCUCUGUGUUGUGUUUUGCUGUAGAUAAAUCUUUUUGCACUUAACACCAGUGGCCGGUAGCACGUACACACCUGACUCACCUGUACUAUGCAACAUUUGGGACAAUCUGUUGGCUGUGCAACGUUGUGACAUGGCUGUGUUGUUGAGUGCAAGAAACAAAGUGUUUUUAUCGCGAUAAACGCUACUCCUUUGUUUGAUUGUACCCUUUUAAUGUUUACAUUAUAAAGAUAACUUCAGUUA